AGAAAAAACACCUUCUCCAAUUAAAGAACCUGAAGAAAAGGUACCAUCUUGUAUAGAAAAAACACCUUUCUUAACUGGAGAAGAAGAAAUAGAAUUAUCAGCUCAACCUAAAGAGCCUGAAGAGAAAGUGCUAUUUCCUACUGAGAAAGCACCAGUUAAAGUAAAAACUCCUUCUCCAACUAAAGAAAAGCCUGAAAGAAAAAUACCAUCACCAGCUAAAGAAGCCAAAGAUCAAAUGCAAUCACCUACUCAGAAAGCAUCAGUAAAAGUAAAAACUCCUUCUCCAACUAAAGACAAACCUGAAAGAAAACUACCAUCACCAUCUAAAGGAGCCAAAGAUCAAGUGCCAUCACCUUCCCAGAAAGCGUCAGUAAAAGGAAAACACCAUCUCCAACUAAAGAAAAACCAACAAGAAAAUUACCAUCUCCAUCUAAAGAACCUGUAUAUAAAGUGUCUCCUGCUGAUAAACCAUCAGUUAAAGAUAAAACUCCACCUCCAAUUAAAGAAAAAGCUGAAAGAGACAUGCCAAAAGUACUUUCCCCAACUUUGUUACUUGAAGAGAAGAGAACUGGAAUCAGAGUGAUUGAAGAAACAACUGAAAGAUUUGAAUUACCACCGGAUGGAUGGUUCUUGAAGGAAGCUAUUGAUCAAAAAAUGUUUGACACAGAAAUGGGACUAUUUAUGGUUCCAGGUACAGAUAGAUUAGUAUCUUUUGAAGAAACCCUUAGGUUACAAGUUAUUCAUCCAAAUUCUGCAACAGUUUUGGAACCCUCAACGAGACAUGCCAUAUCCUUGCUCAAAUCAGUGGAGAAAGGGAUUCUGGAUUCUACUGGUCAUUAUAUCAACAACAAAACUAAAGAAAAAUUCACCAUGAAGGAAGCUAUUAUGAGAAAGUUAGUUCUCCUUAAGGAGAGGAGACAGGUUAUUGAAGAAAGAACCACAAAAGAGAUUCAUAUUACAAAAAUGGGUGACCAGUUUGACCAAUUAACUGUGGUGGCUGGAGAUUUUGAUAAAUCUACUUCUUUAGAGAUUUUAUCAGAAGUGGGAGGUUUUCCAAAGUCACAAGAACUUCAUGUUAUUACUGUUGAAUAUAUAGAAAUAGCUCCAAAUAUAUAUUUUGAACCAGAAUCAGUAUUUAUUCUUGAUGGUACUAAUGGGGAAAAAAUGGAAUUAACCAGAGCAGUUAGUUUAAAAAAAAUUGAUGGUCAACUAUUCAGUGUUCGGGAACCAAAAACAGGUACAGACAUUCCAUUAGAUGAGGCAAUGAACAAAGGGGUUGUAGAUACACAAACAGGAGACUACACUGAUGAAACAUCAGGUAGGAAAGUACCAAUUAAGCAGGCAUUUAAAGAUGGUGUAAUAAAAUUAGCUCCUAUCCAAGGAACAAGUGAAACCAAAAUAAUGAAGUCAUUUAAAAGCAGUCCACAGACUGGAACCAUGCAGUCAAAAGCAAUAAUUUCUCUGGAAGAUCCUAAAACUGGAGAAUGUAUACCUCUGGAAUUGGCGUUAAAGAGAGGAAUAAUUGAUUCUGAAACUUUUUCAAAGGUUCAUGAAGGUCAGAUUAAAGAGUUUGUUACCAUUACAAAGGCUAUAGAUCAGAAAGAGUCAUGUGGUGAAGUUAUAAGUAAAGAGAAAUUCAGAUUUUCUACAGAACCAGAGAAACCCCUAAAAAUUCCAAGCAGAGAAACUACUGACAUUUCACAUAUUGAAACUCCUCCAGAGUUGUAUCCUGAACCAGGGUUUGAAGUUACAAUUGGUAGAGCAUGGGCACAAGAAGGAAUAACAUUGCAGAAAGUUCGUCGAAGAAUAAUGUCUCCCAGAGAGGCAGCUAAAGAGGGUAUUUUAGACAGUAACACAGCAAACAUCUUAACUGAAGUAGGAAACAGGAAAGGGUCAGAUGGAAAGCCAAUGACUUUGACAGAAGCUAUUAGACUUAAGUUGAUUGAUGGUAACAGUGGAACAAUUCCCAAUCCUUGUAAAGGUCAAACUGUAAACAUUCUAGAAGCUUUAGAAAAUGGUAUCCUGGAUUCAGUUAGUGGUAAACUGAUUUUGCCUGUAGGUCAAAGCUUAGCCUUACCAGAGGCAGUUUCCCAAGGCCUUGUACUGCCAGCAGAACAGAAAAUAAUUCAUCCUGAAGUUGGUCUAUUGUUAACACUGAAUGAGUCUCUUCUCUGUGAGAUAAUUAAUCCACUUUCUCAAGUUUUAGAACCUGUUACCAAACGAAUUAUAACUUUAGAAGAAGCUAUAGAAAAAGGUAUUAUAGAUCAAAAUACAUUAGAGGUUCGUACUACUAGCAGUAUAGUUAGUCUUGUGGAUGCCAUUAAAAAUUACAGAGUCUUUGAAAAAGCUAGGAUGUUUCGUAUAGAUAACAUGCCUUUACUGGGAUUAACAUUCCCUGUUGCUCUUCAAUAUGGCUUUAUUGAUACUGAGACCAAGGAGUUUGUUCACUUAAUUUCAAACAAAUGUACUCCUCUAAGAGAUGCUAUAAAGCAAGGUCUUAUUAUGAUUCUGCCAAUCCCACCAAUUUUAGAUAGUAUUGAAGUGCUGGAGGCCUUAGAUAAGGGUUUAAUUAAUUCAAUAAACUGUACCAUGAAACAUCCUAGAACAGGAAGGGAUCUACCAGUACAAGAAGCUGUGGAUACUGGACUUCUCCAGAUGAAACCAAUUUUACCACAGUCUAUCUCUGUGGAAUCCUUUUUAAAGACUCUUCCAACACAAGCUACCACUAGUUUACGUAUGGUUGUGGAAUCUCAAACAAUAGAGCUUCAGCCGGGAUAUAUUAUGACAAGUCCAAGGCAGGUGGAAGAUACUGAGACAGGUGAAAUCAUUCCAAUUGAAGAUGCCAAGAGUCGUGGAAUUGUCAAAAUUAAUAUUCAGACACUGAGGACAACAGAACCAUUGACAUUUAUCCAGUCACUGGAACGUGGACUACUCAGCCUGUCAGAUCAAACAUUUACUGAGCCACUCACAGGAAAAACACUUCCCAUUUCUCAAGCUAUUUCUGAGGGUCUUUUGAAUCCUAUUGAAGAAUUUCCAACACAAGAAGUGAUUAAAUACACAAUUAUGCAAGUAUUUAGUGUUCUGUAUGAUGAAAACUCUGAGCUCUUUCAUCAUCCAAAUACACAGAAAUUAGUUACAUUUGAAGAGCUUAUGGAUGAAGGUUUUGUAGAUCUGGAUGCAGUGAUUUACGAUGUACCUACUGGGCAGCCUAUGACCACGAAAGAGGCCAUAGAAAUGGGAAAAGUUGACAUUAAAACUGGAAAAAUCCUUGACUCUAUCACAAGAAAGAGGAUAACAACAAUUGAAGCAACAAAAAUGGGCCUUGUAUUUGUUAUUAGUGAACCAGUUAUUGGUGGAAUGACAACACUGGAAGGAUUAAAAAGUUUGGCCUCAAAAGAGAAACCUAAAUCCGAGUCUCUGCCUUUACAAAAAAUACCAUCUUCAGCCUCAUCUAAAACUAGUACAUCGUUUCCCAGCAGAGAAGUUAAACAGUUUUCUCCCAAAGAAGAGAAACCACCCUCAACUAAGACACCAAGCAAACCAAGAAAAGAAGAUCUUUCCUCACCAGAAACACACAGAAUUUCUCCUCAAGAUGAUACAGAUUUAGCCAGAUCAGAAAUAUGCCUUACAGAAACAUUUACAGAAUUAAGUAAGGACUUUGAAGCACCAUUGUUCAUAGGUCAUUCUUUGCCCCUGUGUGAAGCAGUUGAUAGUGGUUUAAUUAAUCCUGAUACAACUUAUAUCUUUAGUCCCAGUACCAAUGAAAAAUCUUUAGUUCAAAACGCAUUGAAAGAUGCAACUGUUCCAGCAGAUGCGAUUGUUGUAAUCAGCAGCAAAACGGAAGUUACUUUAGUGGAACAAAAACCAGAAUUGGCCACACCUUUAUCAGUUACUUUCGCUUUACAAGAAGGAUAUUAUGACCAAAAUACAGAAAGUUUUGUUAAUCCACAAACUGGUGAACCAGCUACUUUUAUGGAUCUAGUGGUCCUUGGAGUAAUUGAUCCCUAUAAAAUUAAGGUCAGGGAUCUAAGAUCAAAAGAGUUUGUUCCUCUUUUAGAUGCUGUAAAGAAGGUUUUGAUUGAUAAGAAUACAGGUCAGAUGGUGAAUCCUAAGACUGGUCAAAGGAUUUCUUUCUUUGAAGCUGUACAAUUGGAAUGGAUCAUCUAUACAGAACAUGAAAAACCUAGCACAUUAUUAACCUCAUUGACCUUUCAGCAAGCCAUUGAAAAUAAACUGUUUGACACUGAAAGUGUAACUAUAAUACACCCCAUUUCAAGAAACCAAAUUCCACUAUCCAAGGCUUUGGAGACCAGACUGAUAGAUCCGAACUCUGUUGUCAUAUAUAACACAAAGAUGGAAAACUUGCUUUCUGUGAAAGAAGCAGAAAACAUUGGGCUAAUAAAUCUACAUCAUAACACCUAUAUAAACCUUAUAACAAAAGAAGAGAUAAGUUUGAACACUGCAUAUAAGAGAGGUUAUAUCACUGUCCUCAGAUAUCCUGUGUCCCUGGUGGCAAUUAUCAAGAAAGAACUUUAUAACCCAAAUACUGGCACAAUAAAGGAUCCUGUGACUAAUUAUCAAAUGAACAUAUAUGAAGCUGUUAAGAAAAACCUGGUAGAUGCAUUUAUUACUAAAGUACGAGACACAAAAAAUGAAAACUAUGUGUCCUUAGAUGAAGCUCUACAAACAAACAUCAUUGUACCCAAAUCAGGUAAAAUGAAAGACACAGCUAAGAACACCUUCCUCACAUUAGAUGUAGCAGUUACCAAUGGUUUAAUCAUUAGUAACAGAAUCCAGGUUUCACUGAUUGAUGCCAUUAAUCAAGAAUUUUACAAACCGGACACAGGAAGGUUUGAAGAUCCAGUCACUGGUGAUGAUUUUACAUUAGAUGAAGCCAUUCAUAAUGGUUUCAUUGAUGUUGAAUCUGCUCAGGUGAAGGAUGCCAGAUUUCAGAUUCUCAUCCCUCUUAAAGAAGCUAUCACAACUGGCAUAGUAGAUGGACAGAGAGGAACACUUACAUAUCCGAAUAUAAUGACAUUAGAUGUUGCUGUUUUGAAUGGUUUCUUGAUAACUACAAGGUUUCCAUGGACUCUUCAGGAGGCUCUUGAAAAUCGUAUGUAUGAUACAGAAACAGGUUUAAUGAUUGAUCCAGAUAAAGGUGAAAAAAUAUCUUUAGAAGAAGCUGUAACACGUGGAUGGAUUGAGCAGAAAGCUUUAACAGUAAAAGAUCCACGAUCAAAUGACAUGUUAACUCUUAUAGAAGCAAUUAAGAUUGGUAUCAUUGAUCCUGUUUCUGGAAUUGUUACUGAUCCAAGUUUAGGCUCCAAUAUGCACUUUUAUGAUGCCCUAGACAGGGGUCUCAUAAUUCCAGCAAAGAGAGGGUUCUCACUACCUGAGGCCAUUUAUAAAGGAUUUUAUGAUCCAAAAACUGGUAAAUUUGCAAGUCCAGAAUCACUGGAAAAAUUGACAGUAGACAAAGCUGUUGUUAGUGGUUUAAUUGAUCCUACUUCUACCCUCGUUCAAGAUGGGAUAUCAGGGAACAUCUUAACAUUCAGUCAAGCUAUGUUGGAUGGAGUUGUAGAUGUCAAAGAAGGGAAAAUCACUUUGAAUAAGGCAGGCAAGAAAGUCAACUUCCAAGAAGCUUUAGACCAUGGUCUUUUGAUUGAAAUCAGUAGACCUCUAGCACUCCGAGAAGCUAUUCGAAAAGGGAUUUAUGAUGAAACCACAGGAAAGUUCCUGGAUCCUUCCCUUGGACAGUGGCUUACUUUGCAAGAAGCCAUCAAUAGUCACCUUAUUGAUCCUGAUUCUGCUCACUUAAGAGAUACUCAAACUGGAUUUUUGAAACAACUUACCCUUAUUGAUGCUAUUGAAGCUGGAUUAUUAAAUCAAGAGACUGGAAAAUUAACACAACCAGAUGGACAGGAGAUAACUUUAGUCUCAGCUUUUAAGUCUGAUCUAAUCAUGGAGAGUAAAAUAUCCAUUUCAGUUCAAAAAGCAAUACAUCAAGGGCUUUAUAAUGAAGAAAUGGGUAAGUUCACUGAUCCAAGCACGGGUAAAAUGAUCACUCUUCAAGAGGCUGUUAGACAGUUUGUAAUCAAUGCUAGUUUACCUUGCUACUGGGAAAGAUCUACUUGCACUCUUCAAACACUGAAGGAAACUAUACAUGCAGGCAUCAUAGAUCAGCAAAGUGGCAAGUUUAGAGAACCAGACACAUCUAUUGAACUGCCUCUGAAUGUGGCACUUGAGAAAGGUCUCAUUGUUGACAUAGAAAAGCCUUUGGGGUUGUAUAAAUUUGUUACUAUGGGCCUUUACAGUGCUCAAACUGGAAAAAUAGUUCAUCCAUCUAAUGGUACACAGCUGUCUCUAGAAGAUGCCAUAAAGGAGGAAGUGAUUGACAAUGAAACCUCAAUCAUUAAAAAUAGAAAUACAGGAAAAUACAUGAAACUUCCAGAAGCCAUCCAUGCCAAGAUAAUCAAUCCUUACCGAGGAUGUUACGUGGUACCAGUAAGUAAGGAGGAACUCAACUUUUAUGAUGCAGUGGGAGAAGGCUUGAUUGUGAGUGCCAAGAAGCCACUUACUCUACAAGAAGCAAUAAAGAUGAAGCUUUUUAAUCCAGCUUCUGGACAGUUUACAGACAUAACUACUGGCGACCAGUUAAAUCUUGCUCAAGCAAUUGAACAUGGACUGAUUGAUGGCAGCAGCACAUUUGUCAGAGAUCCACAAACUGACCAACUGAUGCCAAUUCAAGUAGCAAUAGAGCAGAAAUUUAUAAAUGUGAGCACAGGCACUAUUAGAGAACCACUGACAGGCAACUUUGUGUCCAUUAUAAUUGCAUUUGAGCGUGGAAUGAUCAUUUCAACAGAACGACCAACCACAUUCCAUCAAGCCGUACAGCAAGAAUCAAUAGACUUUACCAAAGGCACCUUUAAGGAUGCCAGUAGUACUGCAGGACUCAUGCUGGAGGAGGUAAUUAAAAAUGAACUGAUUGACCCUGAAUCUGCUGUGAUCAAGGAUCCAGUAAGUGGACGAUUCAAGACCCUGAAACAGGCCAUUAAAGAUGGGUUGCUUGAUGUAAAGAAGAAGGUCAUGUUUGACCCUAUGACUGAAAAAGCCACAACACUGACUAUUACUUUUGAUCAGGAAACUGUCAUUUUCUUUCGGGAACCAAAAACAUUUGAUCAAGCAAUUGAUUCCGACCUUUUGCAUUUGACCAAUGGUCAGUUCAAACAUCCAGAUUCUGAGAAAAGUAUCCCACUAUAUGGUGCCUUAAAACAGGGGGUUUUGGAUCCAAAUUCAGUAGUUAUCAAGGACACCAAAAGAAAAAAACUUGUAAAAAUAUUAUCAGCUUUUGAACAAGAAAUUCUUGAUCCUGACAAAAGUACAGUUUUAAAUACUGGUACCAAUCAGAUCCUGACAAUUGAAGGAGCUCUUGAAGCUAAUCUGAUCAUCACACCAAGAAGACCCCUUUCCUUAUUGGAAGCUUUGGAGUAUGGAGCUUAUGAUCCAGAUAGUGGAUCCUUCAGAGAUCCAUUUACAGAACAUCUCAUUACCUUGCUUCAGGCUAUAGACUCUGGACUCAUUGACCCCACUGAUACUGUGUUCAGAGAUCCUGGUACGGGACGAAUUUUGACCAUCCAACAAGCUGCUGAUGAAUGUUUGCUCAACCCCAGGGAAGGUGUUGUCUUUAAUCCACAGAAUCAACAAUACAUCACUCUUGUGCAAGCUUGGAUGACUGGUCUGUUCAUCACAGCAGAAACUAGGACUGCCGUUGAAGAGAAGUACAAGUUUGCCGGAGACAGUAUCUCUAAACUACUCAAUUGGAUAGAUGACAUACGGGAACAACUUGCUGAAUUGGGACAAAUACAAGACGAUAUUUUAGAGCUGCAGAACCAGAUUGAAAAAAAUAGGGAUAUUAAGAACGACCUGGAUGACCACCAGAGAGCAGUCUCAACAUGUUUAAACAAGGUUCACCAGAUUGUACAACAAGGGGCCGAGGUUCUUAGCAAGGAUGAAAUUGAACAGCUACAGAAAGACUGUAAAGAGCUAAAAAAGCAUUACGACAAAACUUUGGAGGAGAGCGAGAAACUACUUCAUCGACUCGUUUUAUCUCAAGAGGAGUUAGAGAAGUUUAAUGUGGAACUCCUUACCUUUAAGAAAUGGUUGCUUGAAGCUGAAGAGAAGCUAAAAGAACAAGAAAAAAAUGUGGGUGACUUGAAGAACUUGAAAGAAAAUGGUGAAUAUUUUAAAGAAUUUACUAAUGAUGUUAUUGCCCACCAAGCGGAUCUUCGUUUCAUCACCAUGAUUGCCCAGAGGUUUGUCGACGAAUCAAAGGAAUAUCUAAAGAUUCUGAAUAAUAUUCGUACCAAUCUUCCUCGUCGAAGAGCUCACGUGGAGCCGAAAGAGAGUGAAGUGAAGGCUCAAGUCAGUGUUGUUAGCACCACUUAUCAAAAUCUCUUGAACCAGGUUAAUCGGCUCAGAGAUAAAAUCACCACUGUGGAAGCCAGACAACGUCACUACUCUGAAUGCUUGGAAAAAGCCACAAGCUGGCUUCUAGAAGUACAGACCACAUCCAGAAAGUUAUUAGAUGAGCCAGUAGCAGCAGAGCCAAAAUUAAUUCAAGAUCAACUAGACAGAAUCAAAACAGUCAGUCUGGACAUUGUGAGUCAAAGUCGGGUUAUUGAGAAUAUUAAGCAGGCAGGAAAAACUCUGCUGGAUACUCUAGAAAAAACUGAAACGAGUAUAGUUGAAAAACAGUCUAUUGAAAAUACUGUCCAGAAACUUGAGGAUGACCAUUGUACCGUCAGUAAUGACAUCAAUGAGAAAAGUAAUGAACUUCAAACAGCUUUGGUUCAGUCCCAGGAUAUCCAGGAUGGAUUGGACCGUCUCCUCAAGUGGCUAAAUGAAACUGAGACAAUAUUCCGCACUCAGAAUAAAGCCAUCAGCUUGUCUCGAGAGAGACUUGAUGAACAGGUUCAAGAACAUAAAAUCUUCCAGACUGAUAUCGACAGCCAGAGGCCGAGCAUUGAUGCUGUUACUGCUUCAGCUAAAGAUUUAAGUAAAGGUUCCAACCAAAGGUUAGCUAAGAAGGUUGAGACUAAGAUGAAAGACAUCAACACCCGGUUUGACAAGCUGUGUGAGAAAUCUCGGAAACGGGGAAUCUUGCUCGAAGAGGUGGUAACCUUAGUAUCGACAUUUGAAGUGAUGAUUCUUCAUUUUGAGGAAUGGAUCCACGAAAUCACAGAAACACUAGAAAGCAGAGAGAUAGUCGAUCUUACCCCUGAAGAGUACUGCACCCAAAUUGAAGAUGCUAUGAACCAGAGAAAUGCUAAGAAGGAAGACUUUGACAAGAUGAUCAAAACAGGCAAAAACUUAGUGGCCAAGAGGGAUGUGACAGACACUGCUCCAAGGAAAGAUAAAGUGAAAUUACUGGAGCAGCAGUGGAAAGAACUUGGAGACCUUCUGACCGAGAAGCAGCAGGCGGGCAAGACCCGUACCCAGCAGUUGUCUGCUUAUGAAACUUUGAGAAUAAAAGUACUGGAAUGGUUGAAUGAUAUAGAGGGCCGAGUAGAGGAACUGGAGGUCGUUGUGAUAGACAAGGAUGCACUACAACAUCAGGCUGCUGAAUUAAAGCCUAUCAUCAAGGAACACAUAGACUAUGCACCAACUGUAGAUAAGGUCAAUGUCUUGGGUAACUCGUAUGAUAUUAUUCUACAUGGAGAACGUGGAGACAGUCCUCGUCGACAUAUUGGUAGUCCCACUAAAAAAUUUAUAUCUUCCACCAGUCCAACAAAGAAAUCCCCUGCUAGAACACGACAUUCCCCAGACAUUCAAUCCCCAACCCAGGGAAAAUCUGUAUCAGUUCAGAGUCCACUAUCAAGUAUAUCUAGUGGAUUCAGUAGCCAGCGUAGCUCAGCUGAUAAUCUUGGUGGAGUGGAGGACCUGACUCCGAUUCAACAACAACUUUCUGAAAUUAACAAUCGCUAUAGCCUACUGGGUGUAAAAUUGUCUGACCGUCAACAGGAAAUCGAAAGCCUGACAGAAGAAACUAAGUGCCAUCUGCUGACCAUGAAAACAUUAGUAAAUUUUGUCAAAGGGAAGGAAAAACAAUUACCAAAGGAGUCUUUUCCAGAAAAUAAGGAGCAGGCUGGGAAUCAACUUCACAUUCUUAAGGUAGUUGUGUUCAAUAUUUAA